AUAGCGCUUCGGCCGCCAUCGGUGUCAUUUUUGGUUACUUGCUAUGGGGAAGACGAAGUUCCGCUCACGUUGUUUUUUCGACAUAAGCAUCGACAGUAUUCCAGCUGGACGUAUUGUGCUGGAACUUUUUAACGAACUAUGUCCAAAAGCAACGGAAAAUUUCAAAAAGUUGUGUCAAGGGAAUUGUGGACUCGGUCUAAAAACAGCGAAACCCCUGCAGUAUCAAGGCAGCAUAUUCCAUCGUGUAAUAAAAGGUUUUAUGGUGCAAGGGGGCGAUUUCAGCAACAAGGAUGGGACGGGUGGCGAGUCUAUAUAUGGAGGAACUUUUGCCGACGAGUGUCUCACUACUCCUCACGACCGCCCUUUCUUACUCUCGAUGGCAAAUAGAGGUCCUAAUUCUAAUGGGUCUCAGUUUUUCAUAACCACAGCGCCCGCCCCCCAUCUCGAUGGGAAACAUGUUGUGUUUGGUCAUGUUCUGUCCGGGGAAGAUGUUGUGCGCAAGAUAGAGUCUGUGCCUAUAUGUGAUACAAAAACUCACCGACCAAUCAAGCCUGUCACCAUCGUUUCAUGUGGCGAGCUGAUUCCUGUAAAAAAGAAAAAGCUGAAGGAUACAGAAACUGCCAAGAAAGCCAAAAAGAAAAGCAAAAAGGAGAAGAAACGGAAACACCGAGCCGCUAGAGAUUCUUCUGAAAUGUCUGACGGCGAGAUUGAAUGCAGCGUACGACCCGAGGAGGUUCCUGAAGUUCCUGCCCCUAGAUUCCUUUAUCGGGGCAAGCUUGAGGCUGAUCGAAAAACUGAAGAUAUGCAAACAGAACAAUCUAACCAUAGACAUGUUGCUGCAGCCGUCGGUCGUGAACUGGUACGUGCAACCCGAGAGCGUAAGGAUGAUCGUUCCGGACGCAAAGUCAAGGGUCGGGGUCGCCUUUGUUACCGCAGUCCAGAUUCCGGGUCGAGCAGCCAUGACCGCAGCACGACUCCUCCACAUUGGCGUCAGGCAAGCAAAAGCCUUCAGAGAUUAGAUGAAGAAGGCUGGAAAAAGUGGCAUGAAGAACGAACUUUGCUACGAGUUGAGCACUCUCGCAACGGCUUGGACCAACGUGACAGUCCUGUUGAAAGCAGUAUGCAAAAACCGCCGUUGUCACCGUCGGCUGCCGCCGUCGUCGCUAGGAAUCGAAGCCCAAGCGAAUCACCUCCUGUAGUGAAUACAAACAUUACUUUGGCCACGGCUGUUGCGCGUGAUGGUAGCGGCUCCGUUGUCCCCUCACCUGGCAAGCCGUCACAUGCAGUCUCCAAAAGACGCCCUGAUGUGCUUUUGUCAAGCCGCUCCCCAAAGCGUGCUAGAUCGUCAAGUUUUAGUGGCACAGAUUCUCCCAUGAGACAAGUAAACCAAGUGAAGCCGUGGAAUAUCCGAAACAUGUCAGUAACUUCUCCAGUUCCCACGAGACGUGCCCCUACCAAUCCUGAGGAACGGCGAGAGCAGUCCUCUGUUGAUCUUCAUAGCACCAUUGAAGCUUCCGAGCGCUCCAAGUCAAAGUAUAGCUCUGUGGAGAGCCGCACUGAGGAAAGAGACUAUGAUGCUUACACAUUCUCACGACGGAAAACGUCACAACCUGAGGCGUUUGGUUCAACAAUGCCGUCAGGAAAGGUCACUGAAAGUCCAGCUGGUCGAGCCCAAUCUCCAUCGCUGACUUCACGUAGGUCGACGCGUUCUCCAGUUCGCCUCUCCCCUCAAAAGUAUUCUACUUCUCCCAGCCUUCGAUCUCCACGAAAGCUCACUCGACCCUCUCCUGGUUCUCCACCCACUCGCCAUCAGCUGUACUCAUCUCCUUCUGUUUCACCAUCGUCCGAAUUGAAGUACGCUUCUCGCGAACGCCGCAUUGGACGCUCUGAUCUCAAUUCUCCGCCCCCACACCGAACUCCGGCACCACCUUUCGUUCCACAUGAACAUGCUUCGGCUCCGUCUGACCGUCUGCCACAGCAUUCAGAGAAAUCCCCGCAACACCUCCCACACCGUCGCUUAUCUCCGAAAUCCCGCUUGUCAGUUCGCGAUCCCGGCGUCGAUUCUCAGCGGGAUAGCCGCAAUUUCUCUCCGAAGAUCGGAAGCAAAAGCAAAGGGUUGUCUCCUUCAAGGCGGGAAUCUCUUCUUUCUGAACCAAAGACUUCUAAAUCUGACGGUGCUAGACCACCCGUUGCAACACGAGCUUCCCCUGGUACAGGCUCUCCUAGUGCAUCUAGCUCUCAUUCUGAUUCUUCUUCUUGUGAAAGUUCUCAUCGCAGCUCCUCUACUCGUUCGCGCUCACACUCCGGGGAUCAACCUCCUAAAAAAGCUGCUCCGCGAAGCCCUCCUCCUCAUCUUGUGCAAAAGUGGCGAAUGCGUCAUCAGCAGUUAAUCCAAAAGCGCCGCAUUGCUCCAUCUGCUUCGAGCACCUACCACACUCCGGGUUCAUCGGAUGACCGCGCGCGAUACAUUGAGCGCAGAAGUGCCGCCUCUGGAAAUUUGCGACUGGGGUCCCGAUCGCGGUCUCGGUCGUACUCCCCUCCUCGUCGUAGGCGGGUUCGUUCUUCCACUUCUCAUUCUCGUUCUGGAUCGUCUCAUCGUCGCAGCCGGCAUGUCGUGGGCCUUGAACGCCAUCAGUCACCGGUCGCCAGCAAUCGCAGUCGCAGUCAAAGCUCGAAAUUUUCGAAGUCCAGGUUGUCUGAUCGUUCUGCUUCCCACAGUCCAACCUCCAGACACAAGUUCCGCAACCAAGCAACCUCUCCAGUGAAACUUUCGAAGAAAUUGCUUGAAAAAAGCAUGGUUGCUCCAAUAGCUGCUGCAGAUGAUCCCCUGGCUGAGGUGAGUUACCCACUCAUGCGACCUGUUUCACUGGCUCCAGUUGAAAAUUGUUCAUCUUUCUCAGAUUUACAAGUAUUUCAUCUGUCUUUUCGAGACUCUAUGCGCUGCACUCGCUAUUCCCCUACGACUUACAGAAUUCCUCACGUGUUCGCUAACUCUGACUGAUUUUACCUAGCAAUGAAACCAACCGUAGCACAGUGCUAAAGUUUUUUAGACGGGUUUUAGUAGAAUAACAAAUCUCCACGGCGGGAGUUCCCAGAGUACCAGCAAGGACUGCCUGUGAUCCGGCCUGCACGAGCGUGCGAAGUUUGCUAGCUUGAAUUUGAAACGGAGCGGUAAAAUGGUUUGCUGAUAAAAUUUGGUGGCUUCGAGAAUCUCUUCCCAAAGCGUCUUGGCGUUGUGGACUUGGGAACGAAGUGGGUUUAAGCAAACGCGUUUUUUUGGUGCAGUUUAUGGAACCCGGCCAUUAGCACCUCGACGGAGAAGAGCGUUUCCAACGAGCGAAGACAUUGAGCAAAACAUUGUCGAAGUUUCGAUUCAUAGGUUGUGUGUGCGCAGCUCCUAGGCGUUAGGUCGGCGAAAAGAGUCUAUUUGGGGAUCUGCGGACCUAUGGUUGUGAAGACCUGACUUGCAAAGUACCGCAUCGAUUAACGCACAUCGCGAACCGUUGGGUCUUUGUAGCUGAAUUCUUAAUGACGCAGCUUCCGAUCAUAAACAAACCUCUACGGAUGCCUUAAAAUCUCAAGCAUAGCAACUCGAAAGUCACUACAUGUUUCUACCGCACCCGAGGACCGUGGACAGCUCAUGUACCUUCUCAGUCCUCUAGUGACACAUAGAUACCGGUGGCCAUUGUAAUUGUUCGUCCGAUCUCCACAGUGCACUCACCUCACUGCAGAAAUGACUGACCAGUGACCCUAUAUCCGAUCGCAUUGACUUAGACGUAGCAUCGUACCAGCUCUUGUUUAACUUAAUGGGAACUGUGUGACCACACAGGACUACCACGCUCUAGGACAUGGCGACUGCUUGUCCAUUUCGUCUGAACAAACGUGACUUGUUCACGGUUACCUUCGUAAGUAGGUGGUUCUCUGAUCCGCAAUCGGGGGGCGCGCUUGGUAACAUAUAUUUUCUUGGCAUUCAGCAAAUUUCCAAAGGAAGUUUGCAGCGCCCUGAUUCAUUUAAAAAUUGGCUUUACGAGCCAACGACCAUUGUACCUUGUAACCGAACUUAUAAAUACAGCUGAGAUUUUAGUGCAGUUGUACCGUGUCUGAGCACCUAGGCGCUUUCAUCAAUUUCCCCGUAUUUUGUUUCUGGCUGGAUUCGAUUAUCUUUUCAGCUCGCACAUCUAUGAGUAACUCAUUUACAGAUAGCACGACGGAAUGCUACCUUUAUUUAUCGACAUUGCCGUACUAUACACUAAGUUAAAUUAGAGCGAAAUAAAAAAAUACCACUUGAAUCGAACGAUCCAUAGUUCGCAGACGCGAUUUUUUUUUCAGACGUGGUCGGAACUGUUGCCUCACCUUUUUUCUACUGGCCCUUGUACAUCCUGAUGUAUUCCUAUGCAUACACUUUUACCUGUUAAUGCAACUUAAUAUGCGGAAGUAACCAUCUUUAGAUAACUUUGCUUGUUCGUUAGAAAUUCAUCGUCGACAGCACUCAUUGUGACAAGCCAAAAUUCUUGAUGCAAUGAAGACGAGACGGAUCUCGGUGGGCUCAUUACUUACUCUCUACACUUCUUCGAAGUGGGGGUCUUGUUGAUUAUGUCAGCCUUGCUCUUAACUUUUCUUUCUAUCCCGACAUUUGCUUUACAAACCCGCUCAUUGUACACAAGUGACGUUCAUAGUCAUCUGGUCCUGCAGUUUUGUUCACUUUUUUUUUUACAACCAAUCUUUCCGCUCAGCCAACAUUGAGUGAUUGUGCAUUUGAUCAGAUCGAACAAGGAGGCGACUGUCGACAUCAGAAUUGGAUUAUAAUGCAGGCCUGUUUAUUGGGAUUCUAGUUUUGCUCAGCGCCUCUACCAUGGGCAUUGGCAUACCGAAUCCCUUGGUUGUAGAUCACCAGACGAGAUUUUAGAUGCAUAGCCAUUAUCAUUUCAUUCCUAAUCUGGCAACCUCACUUUAGUCUUACUGGGGUGAUGUGAUAGCUUUUUGUGAGUUAGGUGCACUUUUGCUCGGAUGUUUUUGUUUGCUGUUGCUGACCUCACUGUAAAAAUUCGACUUGAUCCGGUGUCUAGGUCAGUUGUCGUUGUGUGUGUGUUGUGUGUGUCAGUUGUGACACACGUUUCUUGAGGGUGAUAGCUGCCUGUCAAUCAGCAUACCAGUUGGCAUGUUUCAGCCUAACACCCCGAAUGCAGCUCGAGCAGAAUCCGUCACUAGUUGGAGAGCCAAAACCAUUGGGGGUUGAUGUAGGCGCAAGCGACUAGAUCGAGUCAGAUCCAGACUAGCCGAAACAAAGCAUUGAGGUUGGGAUAUCGUCUUAUCUCUAAUUUUUCUAACCAGUGAACAUCUGCGACAGCGUCAAAGCUUAGGUGAGCAAGUAUUGACCAUAUUCCAGCUUUGAUGAGUUUCGGAAACUAGCAUCAUAAAAACUAGCGAGACUACCCAGUUGCCGUUUUUUUCGAUUAAGCAAGUCUCACACAGAUUCCUUUGAAGCGGGAUUUCCAGCGUAUGCAUUUCGCGACUAUGUGUAGCUUCGUUUUCGAUAUUUGAUCUGCAUGCUCACCAUCCUGAGAAAUGUUGAUGACAUUCCAACCCAACGGUACUAUCUGUAUUUCAACCACUCCAGGGUUUUAAUGAACCAAGCAAAUGGGAACGCUCUCAAGAACCCAUUGAAAAGACAGAACAGCGUAACUCUUGGACUACUAGCCAUUGGCAAUCUGCUUCCGAGUACUCUAGACCUGUCACCUCAAGAGGAGAGGAUGCCACGACUGAAAGUCUGGAUAAGCCAAUUGCGGCACCAGCUUCAAAACAAACUGUUUCCGUUCUUCAGCGUUUGCGCAUGGGCCAAUUCUCCAAAUCUUCCGUUGAAGAAUCUGGGAAUGCAGACGCGCUGGUUGCGAAAGCUUCCAUGACUCCUGACUUUGAAUCAACUGAAUCAACUCUCCCUACCGCCGAUGUUACAAAGGCCAGCAAAGAAGACUUAGAUACCAGUCUUCCAUCGCAGAAGUUGCUCGAGUCAGCCGCUAACUCACUUGCUGCUGAAACAUCUCGUGAACAGGUUCAACCACGGAAGCCCGUCUCACUCCGCGAACGUUCGUGUUCAUCAAGUUCAAGUACAACUGAUUCAUCUGCAUCCUCUUCAUGCGACACAGGCUCUCAUUCAUCGUGUUCCCCCCGUCGCAGCCGGCCACGACGUUCUCUCAGUCCGUUCUCCCGCAGCACUUGUCGGCGAAGUGAUUUUUCGGAUUCAAGAAGUCGUGGCAGAGCCAGUUAUUAUGGGCGUUACUCCCCUAUCAGAAGAUCGCGGUACUCACGCUCCAGGUCUCGUUCAUUUUCAACCUACAGAUCAACUAUCCAGAGCGCAUACUCGAGUGGCCGCACCCGGCGUCGUUCAUGGUCUAGAUCUUGCUCUCGUUCCCACAGUCGCGAUUCGCGAUCUCCUAGCUCACGCAGACGGUACAGCUCUUCUCGACAUAGACGCGGGAGGCGAUCGCACAAAUAUUCCGGUUUUCGGCGCCCAUCAUCCAGUCGCAGCCGCUCUUCUUCUCGAAGUUAUAGUUCUUCGCCACGUCGCCGCUAAACAAACUGAUCACUUGUUUAUUUGUUACUGUAUUUUUGGCAGACGGGUCGUGCAUCUUUUGCUCAUAACCAACUGUGUACACAUUAUCCUUCGAUCUUCUUAUUGUCGAGGUUUAGCACGCUCAGUGCUUCCUCCGCAAAUUUGUUUCACCCACCUACUGCGUGUAAAGUUUCGCUGAUGCAGAGAACUCCAUCAGCCUCAGAAAACUGUUUGUAUAUCGCCC